CUCUAUCAGUCACCACCAAUUUCUUACCAUGGCCUCGUUAGUCCUCAAGCACAGAUUUUUUGUGGCGUUCGUCCUCGCUUUGUCCGUCUUCCAGAUGGCGAGCGCUAGUGAUCCGGACAUCUUAACAGAUUUCCUAGUCCCACAGAACGUUACUCCAGAUGGAAACUUCUUCACAUUUACCGGCAUGAGAUCUCUUAUUCCGGUGGAUACUCCUACAGCUUUCAACGUAACUAAAGCGAGCGCAGCAGAGUUCCCGGCUCUUAUUGGGCAGAGUGUCUCGAUGGCAGUUCUUGAGUUCUCGGCCGGCUCAGUCAACCCGCCACACACGCAUCCUCGUGCAUCCGAGCUCCUAUUCCUUGCUUAUGGAUCACUGGAGGUUGGAUUUGUUGACACGACCAACAAGCUCUUCACUCAGACCCUUCAGGCCGGUGACAUGUUCAUCUUUCCCAAAGGACUGGUUCACUUCCAGUACAAUGCUAAUGCAUCAGAUUAUGCAGUAGCCCUUUCUGGAUUUGGCAGCGCUAGCGCUGGAACUGUCUCGCUUCCUACAACUGUGUUCUCCACCAGCAUCAACAGCAAGAUCUUGGCCAAGUCAUUCAAGACGACCGUUUCCACCAUUCACACUCUCAAACGUGGGCUCAUACCAUCCAAGGCCUAA